UGACGACACAUGCCCUGCAAAUACUCGAAACACAAACAAACACAGAAACGCGCUGCAAAUUCUCGCAACACAAACAAACACAGAAACGCGCUGCAAAUUCUCGCAACACAAACAAACACAGAAACGCGCUGCAAACUGCACACACGACAACGGAAGUGUUUCCGGGGGACCGCAAAAACUGAUGCACCUGAUUGGGACGCGCUUCACUUUGACUAUUCAAAUUCGUUAGUGGUGUUGUCAGCCACAUUGAAGGUAGUUGCUUUAUAACUUUAUUUUAACUUUCUUAACGUACGUCCGUAGGAUAUUAUUAGCCUGUCGAUUUGAACAGUUUAACAAAAACUAUGAGACGUAGUAAUUGCUCGACUUACUUAAACAAGUGUCACGUUAAAAACAUUUAAUGGUUUAAUGAUUAAUGAUUAAAAAUGUAUUGUAGUCGACAUAGUCAGUGUGGCUGACAACUCCACUAACGAAUUUGAACAGUAAAAAUGAAGCGCAUGAAGUGCAUCAGUUUUUGCGGUCCCCCGGAAACACUUCCGUUGUCGUGUGUGCAGUUUGCAGCGCGUUUCUGUGUUUGUUUGUGUUGCGAGAAUUUGCAGCGCGUUUCUGUGUUUGUUUGUGUUGCGAAAACUUGCAGCGCGUUUCUGUGUUUGCUUGUGUUGCGAGUAUUUGCAGGGCAUGUGUCGUCAAACUAACGCGAAUGCUUUCUGAAUUUGCUUGUGUUUUUUUUUGUUUGCAUGUGUUUUCUUCUGUUGCAGCGCAUUGACACCCAGCGGCCACGGUAAUUUAUACUACAAAAUGGCGCAGAAUGAGGCAUAUGUGCGCGAUUUGGGCCGCAGCUCUACACUUAAAUUACGACGGAGCUGCUUUAUAACCACUUUUUAAGCGCAAUCAUUUGUGCAGUCUUAAGUCAAUUCUUAACAGUGUUCUUGUGAGAAAUUCUCAGAAGCUUCAUAUACACGAGCCCUGAUCUGCAAAGAUGAGGUUUUUAAGAGCCCAGCAAUGAGGAAUGCCACAUACAUCACUUACGAAUAUUAAACAUGUUUUUUUUGUGGCACGAGUGUAGUAACCAUGUUUUUUGGCGCAUUGAUUAUUUGGGGCAAAACCAUGAUUUUACUACAGUAACAAUUGUUUAGUAUGGUUUUACAAAAAACAUUGUUUUCAAAACCAUGGUUAUUUUGUGAUAACCAUUGUUUUACUACAGUACAGUAGUAACCAACAGUAGUAAAACCAUGUUCAAUUAUCGUAAGGGAUACUUGAAGUUGAAACAUAAAAAUAAUUUCUUGUUCGUAAUGUGAUUAAAUUAACACUUUUCAUUUGCAUGCUUUCAUAUGUAACUUUCUAGUAUGCAAAUCAAGUUAUUGAGAAAAUUCUUUGGAAUGGGCUUUCAUUACAACACACCUGUCACACUUAUCUCCUGCCUCUCUUCAUAUUAUUAAAUUCGCUUUCUUAGUUUAAAAGCGAUCAUUCAGAACGGAACGAAUACGCAGGAAUGACUGAAAUCUAUUUAUGCGCCAGAUUUUGAGAGAAAAUGACAACGUGCAAAGAGAUCGUGAUCCUUUUUCUGGGAUUGCUUUUUAAGGUUUCUGGGUCAGGUGACUCCACGCAAAUUUACUUUUUUGAGAUCGAAUUUGAUUCAUCGGUAGAAACAGAUGUAAAGGGACUUAUCUUAAAUUCUUCAACCCUAAUCUCUGCUAACCAGACGGUUUCAAACGCCAGCAUUUCAACAGUGUGUACGUGGAAUGGAAACAAAAAACAGUGUUCAUGUGAAGAAGGGUACAUGUGGAGUUCAGAUGCGUGCACCAAACAUAAGUGCUGCAAAACUGAAAACUGCACAGUCACAGAUACAGAUACUGUCAUGUGUCAGUCUAAUGAAUCAGUGAGCAUCAACGGAUCGUCUACCAUGAAUUGGAACUACAAUGACUUAUUUGAUUCAGACAACAUAAUAACUCCAAAGUAUAAAAAUAUAACUAAAGAUAUAAGCAACCAGCUCAAAGGAAAUUUCAGUGAACUGCCGUGGUUUGAUUCUUUGGUUAUCACAGGUUUCAGAUCAGGCAGUUUGAUCGUGGACUAUAUGGUGCAGGUGCUCGGUCGCAUUAACCUCACGCAACUUGAAAACAUUGCCACUGGAUUAGAAAAAACUCAACUAGUAACAAAAGGACUCGUGACUAUUACUGUACCUAAAGAACAACCUGUUGCUAUUGGUUCAAGUCCAACGGUUACCUGUAAGAGAAAAGAGGACCUGGGAAGUUUGAAGUGGGUCUUGACGGACACACAGAAUAAAAGUACAACGAUCACUGAUGGAGCAGAAGCUCAACUGAGAAGGAACAAGGACAAUGACACAUUCACAGACACUGUUCAGCUGCAGAGCAUUUCAGGAAGCUGGAAAGGACUGUUUACAUGCGAGUAUACCAAAGCUCCCAUAACGCACAUUGCAACUGAAAUGCUGGACAUUGCACUUUUGCCAGACAUACGUGCCAGUAGCACUCCCCAAUUUCCUGACUGUACCGAUACAACAAAACGGAUACAGAUUCGUUUUCAGUGUACCAUUAAAGUCAGCACAGAAAAUUACACUGUUAGCUGGGACAGCUCUGACUUCAGUGAUCUCAGAAGUACAUCAUCAGUGACCCAAGGAGACUCCAUCCAUUACUAUGCAAAAGCAACGGUUAACUGCGAAAAAAAGUUGACUAAUGAACUGGCGAAUGUCACAUGCGUGUUCACAAACAAUAGAGCCAAAGUCAAUGGAAGCAAGAAUAAGGAGGAAGGGGCUUUGACGAUUCCCAUCAUUUACAGUCACUCAAUAGUCUGUGACGCUGACAAUCUUUGGCCUAAAACUAAAAGUUCUUACACGGCUGUUCUGGUUUGUGACUCUGGUGUUGGUGAGAACAGGAGAAACUGCACUGACGGUCAAUGGGGAACUGCAAUCUCUUAUUGUGUGAAUCUGGGCCUGUAUGAUAUUCAUAAAGAUGUUGAGGAAAUUGGUAAAGGAUUGGGUUUUAUUCGUGAAAACGCAGACCGUCUCAUCUCUUCAUUAAAAACAAUCACAACAACCGACACGACUGUUAACUCCUUUGCAAAUAUAAACAUAUCUGUAGAUAUUCUGAAACAAAUGAAUCAAGUGUCUAUAAAUCAGUCGCAUAAAUGGAACGAAGCCUUCAUGCCUAAUUUUGUAUCAACUAUAAGCAAUGUGUUGAAUGACACUCAAGCCUGGAAUCAAACACAAAAUGCCAACAGUUUAUCUGUAGAUUAUCUACACACUGUUGAGAACAUGAUAAAGAACUCAAACCUGUCCUCUGGGACACACAAAAGUGUGAACGUCCAGCUCAGGAUCUGCAACUCCAGCAAAUGUGAUUCCUUCAAUGUCAGCGUCAAGACCAAGCAGGACGUUGUAGUCGUUGCAUUUAAGAAUCUUGCAGAUAUUUUACCAAAAACCCUGAAAAAUGAGACCUUUGAUUCAGGAACCACCAUCUUAUCAGUGACCGCAGUAAACGGCAUCAAGAGUGAGGCUCUGGAGAUGAAAUUUGAUGGCAUACAAAGGCGUCGCAACCAUAAAAUGUAUUGUGUUUACUGGAAUGAUAAUGAGAAUGAGUGGUCCAGUGAGGGUUGUACGUGGGGUGGCGCGUUUAAUCCGAUGUUCUGUAACUGUACACACAACUCUGCUUCACCAGUGUUAAUGUCCAAACAUCCGGUAAACCUCCCGUAUAUGGAGGAACUGACUUACGCUUGUUUAGGAGUUUCCAUCGUUUCUCUUGUGCUGUGUAUACUGAUCGAGUUUUUGGUUUGGGACACGGUUGUGAAAUCAAACAUCGCCAAUUUCCGCCACAUAGCCUUAGUGAACAUCUCCGUUUGGUUGCUUCUUGCAUAUUGUGCGUUUUUAGGAACAGCAGAACCAAAGAAAACCAACUCAAGCUGGUGCUUGAUACUGACCGUGGUGAAACAUUAUUGUUUCCUGGCCGUCUUCUUCUGGACAUUGUGCUUGAGUUUUCUUCUUCUUCACCAGCUCAUAUUUAUUUUCGAACAGCUACGGAAGAAGGUUUAUUUGGCAUUCUCAAUCACUCUUGGUUACGUGUGUCCUUUAGUGUGCGUGGCAGUGACCUUUAUUCAUUUCGACAACGGUGCGGUUGGUAAAUACUAUUCGAAUGAGGCUUGCUGGCUAACAUAUGAAUCUGGGUUAAACGGGUCCAUCUUUGCAUUCAUUUUUCCGGUUGGUACUAUUGUGAUUAUAAAUAUGUUCACGUUGUGUGUGGUCAUCAUGAAAAUCGUAACGCCUGCUGUGUCUGAGGCCAAAGCUCGAGAUGAGAAGGCUGUUGUAAAGGGCAUCAUUAAGACCAUAGUUUUCCUGAGCCCUAUCCUUGGAAUAACAUGGAUCUUUGGAUUUCUUGUGUUCUUGCUGGAUCUUACACAGAAGCCUUAUGCCCAGAUUGUGAAUUAUGCAUUUACAAUACUGAAUUCACUGCAGGGCUUUUUUAUUUUGCUAACAAACUGCUUUGGAGAGAAAAAGGUUCGAGAAGCACUUUUAAAGCGUUUCAGAGGCAAGCCAUUGGCGCAUUCAAAAAGUGACCACUCCAGCAAAAUGACAUCAGUGGUAAAGAAUAAAUGAUUGGACGGAUUUUAAGAAUAUGUUUUAUCCGCACAAGGAAGACGUUUACGGGUUCAAUUCUGUCCGAUCUACCUUUAUUCAUACAUAAAUUACUUUGUACGCCUUUAUCCUUAAGACUAAAACCACUAUAAAACAGAUUACAGUCAUGGAUGUAC